AUGACAUUUUACGAACGUACAACGAUUUUACUUGAUUGUCACCCUGAUACCCAGUCUCCUUGCGUUCCAGAACUUGAAGAUUCUCUGGUACCACCUUGUCCUUUAUGGUCAUGCUUCGUAGAGGCGACGUUAGAGUAUUGUCGUGUCGUGUUCGAUUUAUUUGACACUGACAGUAAUAGACGUCCUGUAUCUGUUCACAUCGCAGGCGUACCGUUAGAACGCAGUAUACUAAAUACAUGGCAAGAUCAAAAUUUAAAACAGAUUGCCGACAAUUUUACUGUUAUAUCACCAGCCUCUGUUUCACCUUCACCGGCGCGAUUGUCGAACGCGCUGGAAAGCUCUUUAAAAGCUUUGAAUCAGUCAGAAUCCAAUGAACAAUUUAAUGCAAGGUUCGUAUUGAUUCUGAUGGGAAAAGGCGAUGAGAGACAGUUCAGGUAUCAAGAAACUCGGAGCCAUAAAUUAAUUGAUAUUAGGGACGUGAUCCGUGGCAUUUUAACACAAUACGGAGGUCUCUUUAAGGAUAAAUUUCGGCAUCUAAAACGUUGCCAUUUUGAUAUUUUACGUGUAUUACCAACUUACGAACUAACAGCAGAAGAUAUUCCAUGGACAAAGGUUCAUGUGGAAAAUUUAAGCACUGAAUUUUCUGCAACAGUUUAUAAUAUUUUACCCGGUCGAAAAUGUCUUACUCGCUCAAUGUUACAUUUAGUUCAAUUACAUCAUCACUUACACACGUUGAGAUUGUUGGAAGUACCUAUGAAGAAAAGUGACAAUACAAAGACAACGUAUGAAAUAGAAUUGCUUUUUCAAGCAAAUAGCCAUAAGCUUGGUAAUAUAUCCGUUACAACAGAGCAUGCACCAAGACCACGAUUAUAUGAGCCGGGCUAUUUUAAAGAUCGACAGACUGUUGUCAAAUGGGUUAAGCAGAAACUUUACAGCCUAGAGGGAACGGUUACUCGUUGUUCUCAUAUGGUUACGCCUAUAGACAUAUCGGUGCCAACUCGAGUAUUGAUUACUAGUCUAUCAAAAGGUGCAAUUUAUGCUUUAACGGAUCCUUCGUUAUCUGCAAAUGGUAAUAAUCAGUCUACGGCUCGAAAUGAAAAUUCCCCGCCAAUAAAACCGCUCUUCUCACAUAUCUUGAUAUUUUGUGAAGGCGCAUUGUAUGUUCACUGUCAACACAUCAAUCAUGGGAAAAAUGCCCAUCUUCUUGACGUCAUCAAUUUUGAAGUUCCUCCUCAAUUUGUGGUUUCGCCUAAAUCAGAUAUCUCGAUGUAUUCUCAGUCCUUUGAACCUUUUAUUAUUAAGCCAAAUAUGGUUUUAUCUAAUCGAAGACCUAUAAGCAAGACUAUUAAAGUAUCAGGAUAUGAAGUUGAAAGUACACAAACUUUAGAUAUUGAGUCCAGAUGGCUUAAAGCUGCGUUAAGUUCGAAUAAUGACAUAAUACUCAAAUUGCAGAGUAGCUUAUCUGAAGGGGGUACCAUUGUCCAUGGUAUAUUGACCGAAUUAAAAAAUCUUCUUUGUGUUGAGACACCACCUGAUGAUUAUACCAAAAUUGCAAACAAUAUAUUGGAUCGAUUAUUUGCAUUAGGAAGGGGCUCUGAUUCAUUUACAAAUCAAAAAAAUGCAGUUGCGCUAUUGAAGCAGGUCCCUAUAAUUUCAGAAGCCUUUCAAUUCACGUCUUCGGAACACGCUGAGAUACACGAGAUUAUGAGUGGACGUGUAAGGCCCGACGGUACGGAAAACAAGCCGUUACCUAUAAUGCAAUCAUCAGAUUUACAAAACUCUUCCAGCAAUUUGGUGACGGACACAAUAUUAAAUCCCAAAGAGGAAACUAAAGAGACACAAAUCGCAUGGAAGCAAUUAGAUCAAUACAGUUCGAUGACAUAUAAAGAACAACAAGACAUGGAUGGAUCAGAGGCUAACGCCUUAUCUCAACCAAUCUCCAUGAGAGCUCGUGGACAGCAUUAUCGUGUAAGAGGUGGUUUUGGAGGGCGUCGUCCUCAGCGUGGUUUUUCCGAUUUCGGUAGAUCCCAGACACCAGAUACUGAUGAUAACCGUAACAGUGGGCCUAUACCAUAUCUACAAUACAAUGUUCCAAACAUUUUUGGAAUUAAAAAAGAACAUGAUAAAUAUAUGAGCCGGUUAGGUAAAUCUAAUUCGUUACUUUAUCAAUAUUGGAUCGGCAAAAGGAAUGCGAGAGAGUCUAGAGGGAUUAAACGUAAAGAUUUCGAUGGACAAUUACCUAUCACUGAGCCAAGUCAUCAGGAAGAAAAGUUUGAACAAUGA